AUGGCGAAACGGGUGCUGUCGUUUGGCGAUAGUCUAAUCACGGAAGAGGAUCUCCAGUCACUGGAAAUGGGGUUGUGGCUCGGUGACAGUGUUAUUUCAUUCGCGUUCGAAUAUUUCCAAAAGAUUUUUGAGGAGGAUGUCAAGAAAAAGAAGGUAUGUUUCGUGGGUGCAGCAAUGUCUCAGCUGAUUAAAAUGGGAGAUGAAACGGACGUGCCGCUUUUCUUAGAUGAACUUUCUCUUGGUGAAAAAAACCAUGCAAUAUUCGUUAUCAAUGAUCACUCGGACCCGAACACCGCCGGUGGCAGUCAUUGGUCACUGCUAAUAUUCCGUCGUAAGAACAAACCCCAUUUCCUGGCCAUUGAUAGUCUUUCAGGCAGAAACGAUGCUCCUACUAAGAAGCUUGCAAGAAUUUUGGCAGCUUAUUUGUCGGUGCCGGUGAAUAUGCGCUUUGAAGAAGCGACAAAACAAACUAACAGCAAUGAUUGUGGAAUAUUCGUUAUAGAAUAUACCCGACUUUACAUGGAGAACCUGCAACAAGGCGGUAAAAAAGAGACCGAUUUUACGAGUUUGCGAGCCGACGAGAUGGAACGUGUACGACAAGUUUGGGCAACACGUAUUCGCACAUUAGCCACUGAUAAUGAAGAGGAAGAAUCUUCUUAA